GGGAUCCUAUAUCAAUUGUGAGAAUCCACUAGACAACAAAGUCCAUAACUCAACCAAUAUAAAAGAUAAACCCAUUAUAGGUGAGAUUCGAACCUCUGAUCUCUUUGUGAGAUGCCAAAGUCAUGACCAACCGAGCUAGCCCUAGUUGGUUACAACCGUCCAAACUUGCUCAGGCCAAUUAUGCAUAAAUAAACCCACUUUCCAACACUCCCUUCACCUCUUGCAAAACCCAACAUGGCUGCAACUGCAACUCCUUCCAAUCUUGAAAAAAUGAUCUUGACACUGCCCAAGAGUGUUCAAGAAAUGUCCGUAAACGGAGACGACCCCCCACAGCCAUUUAUCGUUAGAGACGAUGCCCCUUUUGGUCCCGUAGACACUUCCCCUCCGUUAGCUUCAAUCCCCACCAUUGAUAUCAGUCUCUUUUCACCAUUACCAUCUUCACUGCAGGAAUCAUCCAUACAAGAAACAGAAAAGGAAUUGGACAAGCUCAGAUCAGCUCUAUCCUCGUGGGGUUGCUUUCAGGUAAUAGGGCAUGGGAUAUCAAUGCAGUUUCUUGACAAGGUAAGGGAAGUCACCAAAAAGUUCUUUGAGCUUCCAUUCGAGGAAAAGCAAAGAUACGGUAAAGCAGCCGUUGCGCUCCAAGGGUACGGGCUUGACCCUCUAGUCUCAGAAAAACAAGUUCUUGACUGGUGUGAUCGUCUCACUGUGUUGAUUUACCCAGAAGAUCAAAGAAAUCUCAAAUAUUGGCCAGAAAAGCCACAAGACUUUAGGGAGACAAUUGAUGAAUACGCCAUGAACAUCGAUUCUGUAGUUGGUAUUUUAUUCAAGGCCAUGGCAAAAUCACUCAAAUUGGAAGUGAGCAGCUUCUCAAAACAGUUUGGAGACAGAUCAGUUAUGCAAGGGAGAUUCAUCCUCUACCCAACUUGUACCAGACCAGACCAAGUGUUCGGGGUCAAACCCCAUUCAGACGGAUCAGGGGUCACUGUUCUACUGCAAGACAAAGAAGUACAAGGCCUUCAAGUUUUGAAAGAGGACCAGUGGCUUACAGUUCCCAUAAUUCCUCAUGCCCUAUUUGUCAAUCUUGGUGAUCAAAUGCAGAUAUUGAGUAAUGGAGCAUUCACGAGCCCAACCCACAGGGUAGUGACUAACCGGGAGAGGGAGAAGAUGUCUGUCGUUAUGUUCAAGAGGCCAGAACCAGAGAACGAGAUCGAACCUGUUGAUCAAUUGGUGGAUGAGAAAAGACCAAGAUUAUACAAGAAAGUGAAGAAUUAUUCUGCUCUUAACUAUGAAUGCUUUCAGAAAGGGCUGGUACUACUUGAUACUUUGAAAAUUUAAUUUUUCUAUGCAAAGAGAACAUAUGGCUUCGGAAAGUCAGAUUGAACAAAAUAAGAAGAUUGGCGAAUUAGAAGAAGAUCGAAAUAAAAAUAAGAAUAAGAAGGGCGUAGUGUGAUUCAUGUAGCUGAGAAGAAUGAGAAAAAUGAUCCUUGUAGCUGACUGGAAUACAAGGCCUAGUGUGAUUUAGUUUGGUUUGUUGUACUCAUCUUUUCGUGUUGCCACUUGAUAAAAAGUAUGGCCUUUCUUUGAUCA